ACACACACACUCACACACGCCCACGCGCGUCUACGUUAAGAUAAUUUUCCUCGUUUCAGAUGGCGUGAGGAGGACGGCCUUUCCUACACGGUGUAUGUUUGUACGAACCAGAGCCUGCCCGGAGAACCUUGCCAGGGCGAUCUGAGCUGGAUGAACGUAGGGAACGUGUCCGCCGUGAACGUGACUCUGCAGGAGAUGGACAUCAACCCGACCAGCCCCAGGGUUCACUUCGCGCUGUCAGCCGAGACCGCGGACGGCGUGUCCAGCGGCAUGUCUUGGGACAGCUGCGUCUCCCCGGAGGUCUAUAACACGCUGCGGACUCCGCCCACCAUACAGGGGACAAACCCGAAAUCCAGCAGCGUCGAGGUGUCGUGGGCGGUCGGGUGUCACGGGCGCGCAGGAGUAAUCGAGAAACUGGAAGCGAUUUGCUAUCAUUACAACUCAACUCAGUGUACAGAGGACGAGCCCUGCAUGACGAGCCAGGGGGACGGCGACUCAGAGACGGUGGUCUUCGACAACCUUCAGCCUUCAACCAACUACACCGUCCGUCUCCGUCUCCUCUACCGCAGUGGCCUCUCGGAGUGGUCGGUUCCUGCGCCUUUCACCACUGAAGAUCCUCAACCCCACUCGUCGCUCCCUCUUUGGCUCAUUGCGAUGAUCGUCAGCGCGAGCGUCUUGGCGCUGGUCGCGGGCGCUCUGGGCGGCAGGGUCGUCGUCAGAAAAAUUAUCAAGACUCACGAGAAUUUGUCCCGGCCAAUCGUGCUGCCUCAGGGACCGGCAAGCGGGGAAGAAAGACCUAAACCACAACCUUCAAAUUAUCAGAGGAAGAAUAUUACAGCAAUUCUCAAAUCUUUAAACGAAGCGAAGGAAAAAUACCCUCAAGAUGAAGAUCGGGUCGAUGCCGAGGGCCACGAAGGCCUAACGAAAAUUGGCAAGACGGGGAUGGAUAUCACAAGCAAUGGCGGAGUGUCGAAGCAGACUGAACACCGUGCAGCUGAUAAUAUCCGAGAUGUAGCACCGCCAGACACAUCAAAUCACGCAUAUGUGAGGCUUUCGGGCUACUUAGAGGACUUCGUUAAGAAGACCGAAGACAACACAGAUCAUGACGGUCUGCAAACACAAGACAGGGAAUCUGAAGAUGUUACUCUAGCAGUAAUAAACGGCUACGUAGUCGUGAAUUACCCACCGCGCAGCCAAGGUGUGAAUCCGAUUUCGUCACAACCCCAAUGCUUAGCCAACUGCUCUUCUAGUGAGGAUGAGGAAGCGAGGGCAAGCCAUCCCUUGGCGGCCGGGAGCAGGGGGUAUGUGCAGUGCUCCGUGACGGAAAACCGAGUCGUAGCGCAAGGAGCAACCGGGCUUCGUGGAGGACACACUAACAUGGAAAUGAAAGACAUCCUCUCUGGUCCUCAUCUGGGAAAUGCUCAGCCCGCUCAGCCUCGACAUAACAACGACACGAAACUGUGACGCGCUGAGUUCCUCGCUAAACGAACGCAGUCAUCGAAUAUGGACAUAAUAUGCUGUGUUUGGUUCCCUUCAGUGGAAAUUACAAGCCAGUUGUGCAUUUCCAGAUCCCAGACGUUUAUAUAAUUCGUCCAUACAUAUAGGACACACUUUAACUUCACAUAGGUAUUGUAUGUAUGUAUACAUAGUACAGACUUGUACCCAAAUGCAUAUAUGCUUACAUAUAUACGUACGUAUAUGCACACACACACACACACACACACACACACACACACACACACACACACACACACACACACACACACACACACACACACACACACACACAUACACUAUAGAUCGCGUGAUAUAGAUGAGACACUCCGUUGAAUGGAAAGGAAAAUAUGAAGAAAGCACUACUACGGUCAUAAAGCCAAAACGAAAAUUAAAUGGAAAAUAUACUGUAGCUAAAACUGAUUCAUUUCUGGAUAUCUAUGCAUUUUAGUGUAUGUUUUCCUUGUGUCAAAAUGUCAUGAUUUUCCACUUUGCGAUAUCAAAUAAUAUUGUUUCAAAACAUAUCCAAGCUUUAUAUAUAUGAUGGAUUAUGGUGGUCAGGCGUAUAUUCUCAUUUAUAAAGAUAGAUAUAAGGAAUAAAUAUUUGUACUUA